CUCAAAACUAUUAGAGAGCACUCAAAGAGAAAGUGACACUUUUUUCUUACUGGUUAUAACUCCAAAUGGUCAUUUCUCCAAAUAACACGAAUAAUAUUUAAGUCAACUCAGCGACCAAUUACCAGUCCAUUAAAAUUAUUUUCAUUAAAUAAUUACGGAAGCUAACGAAGUAAUUCUUGUUCAUGGACAUGUUUGCUUUGAGCAGUACAACUACUUUGGGUUUUUGAUAAUUCAGGAUAUCUUUUUGGAUGUGCUCAAACAUGAAAAUAAAAACGCUGGGUUUCCUGAUGAUAGUUCAAUUUGAACUAGUCAAAAUUUCCAAAGGACAAUGUCUGGGUAAUGGUACGUGUGAGUGCCACUGUGUAGACUGUAACAAAACAUGUACAGAAUGUUCGCCUGGAUGGGGUGGAUCAGUUAAAAAUAAAUGCCAAAGAGCUAAUACAUUAUAUCAACCUGAUGGUGAAGAAAACACACAGUCUAAAAUACUGGAUGAUAAUCUACAAACAUCUAUAACGGAUUCAAGUCAGUUACCAUUUGUACGAGUCGAGCUUAAAGAUGCAACACAAAUUGAUGAAGUAGACGUUACCCUAUUCCUUCGAAGAAACACGAAGUACACAUUCUAUGUAAAGGAGAUGGAAUAUGUUCGUGAACCUGCAGUGACUUGUGACACCUUUUUACAUACUGAAGCGGACAUUGAAAGAACCAUAACAAUGAAAUGCAGUCAACCUCUUACUGGGAAAUAUCUCGAAAUUGUGUCUGAAGGAAAUCCGACAUUACAGGUUUUUGAAAUACAAAGAUUGGGUAUGUUAAUAGCCAAUUUAAAUUAUCACUUUGGAUGUCUUUUAAUUAAAUGCUGUUUGGUAUACUGUAGACGUACUAUUUUCCACGGGGUCAUAAUUCUCGAUUUCUCGUGAAUCCAGGGGUAGAAAAUUACGCGGAUUUCUUAGAUUCUCACUAUAUUCCUUACAAGUAUUUUGAGUAUGAUUGGGCAAAUUUCCACGGAUAAUUUGUGACCGCGUACAUAGUGUAAAGUAAUACCACGCAGAAAAAGUACUUCUACAGUAAUAUGCUGAAAAAAUGAAACCAUUUUUCCUUUUCAUUAAUCUCCAAAGUAGAAAAAAAUCAAGUCAAGAGAUAGGGCAUGAAAUAUGACUUUUGACUUUUAUACCAGGGGUAUUUGUGCAUAAUGGGAAAGUAUGAAAUGCUAAUACUAACGCAAAAUAAUUGUUUUACGUAUUUUAAUCUUAAACAUUUUUUAAAAUGGUAAAAAUGUUUACCUUAAUAAAAUUGAAUGAAUUUGAAGCAAUUUUCUUCUCUUGAGCAUAUCGAUUACGUUUACUCCAAAUUACAGUAUGGUGUUAAUUUUAACAAAUGUGUAUAUGUUGAAAGGGGAGAAAAUAUACACAUCAGCUUAUGCCGUGGGGGGGUGCAUUUAUAUUGUUUUAUCUGAUACUACUUCAGAUUUUCACAACUCUGCUACUUGAAUACAAACCACUGAAUAAAAAAAUGAGUAUUGAUUUUUACAAAGAUACGUUUUCUAACAUAUUUUCACGCGUCAUGGGGAUAUACAAAUUUCGGAAUGAUUGAUAAAAAUUUAAAUUCAUAAUUUUAGAAUUUAUCAAUAUUUAUACUGGAGCGUAAGUUGUUCAGACUCGAUUGUUAGGAUACUUGAAUGAUAAACUACUAGCUUUUUUUUAGCUAUCCGAUGAAUGGUAAUGUUUUUUCGUUCAAUUUUAUUAUCAAACAAAAAAGAGAAUUCUUUGAA